ACCAUAGCAACACCUUAACAAAUAAAUGAAAGUAACACGUAUUAAAAUUCAAGUUUGAUUAAUAUAAAUUGAAAUUGUCGACAGACAAUAAAAUGAACAAUGUUAAAAGCAAUCCGGUAUCGGAUAAACAUGACGAAUUAGAUGUGUUUCACACUUGUGAAGAUGACAGUGAAAAAUAUUUCUUUGAAGUAGUCGGAUGCAUCGAGGAAAUAAUCAUGCGAGAAAAAUUUCAAGAUAUGCAACAACAAUUUCUUGAGAAACAUUGGAAGAAGUUUGACGAUAAGGAGGAAAACAAACUAAUAUAUACGGACAUUUUUAAAGAAUAUGAAGAAGGUAUCGAAAAAUAUAUACAGGAUUGUUUGGUAGAAUGUUUACCGAAUUUUGACAUGAUCAAAUUUGAAAACGAACUUCAUAACAGAAAGGACGAGUUAGAGGGAGAGAUAUUUGAAAUGUUAUCUACUUUUACAAAUUUUAUCUCAUUUAAAAACAUGUUCAUAGAUUAUAAAAAGAUGAAGGAACAGAAUUUGGACGAUCUCGCAGACCACAUAUGUGUAUCAAAGUUUGAUUUAACAAAAAAAUUUUAACAUUUAUUUAUUAAAAAAAUACAAUAAAAUAAAACUUAGUGCAUUAAUAUUUCCAUUUGAA